UCAUAACAAACAUUCAUCCAAAACAGCGUAUCUUUCGCAGAUGAAACAGCCUGCACGCCCUGCAGUCCGACUAUUUCGACUCUUAUUUGACUUUGACUAGGUUUUGACGUGAUGUCAUGUCGGAGUAACAUGACAGCAAAUAGGACCCAGCAGAGUUCUCCGGCGAACCUCACCUGUCCCCAAACGCACUUUUACUUUUCCACCUGAAGUCGCCUGCAGAAUCUCGACAUCUGUCAGUUUUAAAGAUAACGCCAUGUUUUGUGCAUUGCUCUGCAGUUUGUUGCUCCUGCACGGCUCGGUCGGGGAGAUCGUGUUCCGCUGCCCGAGCUGCACCGCGGAGCGCCAGGCGGCGUGUCCCAAAAUCACCACCUCUUGCGAGAUUGUCAGGGAACCGGGUUGCGGUUGCUGUCCGGUUUGCGCACGUCAGAAGGGCGAGUUGUGCGGCGUCUAUACGCCGAGAUGCGGGAGCGGUUUGAGGUGUUACCCGAGCGCGAAUUCAGAGUUACCACUGGAACAGCUGAUACAGGGACAAGGACGAUGCGAGAACAAAGUGGACCUGGAGCCCACCAUGACCAACCAGGAGUCAGGACACAGUGGAGAAGUAAAUAGCACACGCUCCCCUCUGAUGAAGAAGACCAGCAAAGAAAACAACUACCAACACUACAAAGAAAUGGCUGUGAAGCAGCAUCACAGCAGUAAGAGGAACAGGAUGUUCAGCCCCCAGGAUGAUCUCAAAACCCUUCUCCCCAAACAGAGCCAGUGUCAGCAGGAGCUGGAUAAAGUGUUAGAGAACAUCUCCCGAAUGACGUUCCAUGACAACAAAGGGCCUCUGGAAAAUCUCUAUGACCUGAAGUUUCCCAACUGUGACAAGACAGGACAGUACAACCUUAAGCAGUGCCACAUGUCCAACCACGGACAGAGGGGCGAGUGUUGGUGCGUCAACCCCUACACUGGUGUCCAGAUAUCCUCGUCCCCCAAAGUGAGGGGGGACCCCAACUGCAGCCAAUUCUAUGGCGGUCCCGAGCUGGAACCGCCCACCGCCCAGCAGAAAUAGACGCUCCAUCAGGGAGACGCACCGGGUCACAAAGAAGGAUAGUUAAAAGCGAGUACAACAGUGGUGUGCAUGUGUGUAAUUCUGUACAUGUAUGUGUGUGUGUGUGUAUUUUUGAAAUAGUAUGAUCUGUAUUGUCAAUAGGAGUGUGGAAAGUCACAUGCCAGCAAAGACUAUUCAAGGACAGGUAGUUAAACUUCUCAAAUCCAGAUAACUGUACUCCAAAUUUAACCCUGAGUUAUUGUUUUUUUCUGCCUAUUUAUAGGCUCAUCUGGUGCCUUUUAAUCUUGUGACUGAAUCUGGUUGCGGGGAGUCGCUUGUACAGUAUUUGCAGCUGUUCGGUGUGAAGAUGUGUCAGUUUAAUUCUCUCUUUUGUUUUUGGAGCCCCAAUACAAAUGGUCGCGCAUUUAUAGUACCGUUGGCCACCAGAAACGGAUAAAAGAAACUGCAAAUGAACAAACAUUAGGAGCUUUGCUUCCCCAAAAUUGUGACUCGUUGUCAGAGAAAGCGGAGGGGUCGUGAUUUGUUGGCUGAUUUGAGAGGACCUGUGCUUGAGAGGCUGGAGGCCAUUUUGACUACUUGAGUACCCGACUGAUAAAUCAACCUUGAGUACUCAAGUGCCGUUUGUAGAUAUGCAUCGAACUGGCGUCCUUUCCGCACGAGUGUUGCAUUAAGACCAUGCAUUCAAAACAUUUCUAAAAUGCGUCUCUAAACCACUACUUUUGUUUCCAUUCAAUUGCCUCGGGCUGAAAGUCACCAUGUACGCAAGUUGCUAUGCGGAAAUCGUCAACCCUCUAACCAAUCAGAGGCCUAAAAUGUGACAGAAACAAAGGAUAAAUUGAAAAUAAGGCUCCAUUUUGGCACAUAUUUCUGAACUUCAAUCAGCAUCAUAGAUUUUGAAGUUAAGUGUAUUUUCAUAAUCGAUUAUUGCUGUCACUUCCAGGUACUCAAUAUCUGGCCAUCCCUGCUCCUGGCGGCUGAUAGACUUCUGUUCUCGUGGUCUUUCGAACAUAUGCUAGAAUGCAGGUGGUGUAUGUGUGUGUGUGUGUGUUUGUAGAGUGGGGAUCAGAGUUUACUAAUGAUGUGCUGACAGAAGGCUUGAUUUGGACACAGGGCUGACAUUGACAAAUGUGAUAUAAAGUGGGAUAAGUGCCUAUAAAUAAACACAGGAUUGCCUGCAGUGCUAGUGGGCUGUGCCUCACUUUGCUUCACUCUCAUCUCCAGAGGGAUGUAUUUUGCCCAGUGUAAAGUUUGAAUGUAGACUUGAAGAGUUCUCUGAAGGAAUGUGAAAAAAAAAAAAAACAUAUUUUUUUUACUCUUUGGAUAGCCCAAUGAAACACAUUUGCAAAAGUUUGAAGUUAGUGAAAGGAUAUGAUUUAUUCUUGGGUCACAAUUGUAACCUGUGGGCAACUGCAGGGUUAGGCUCAGUUGGUCCAAUAGAAAAUUGCAAACAAUAAAGUAACAUACAAUGGGGUACGUAAGUCUGAACCUUGAACCUAUCCAUCCAUCCAAUUCAAAAUCUAAUUUAAAUCUGAGGAUUCUGGGGCGAACAAAUAAGUGAAUAGAAAUAUUUCUUAAAUGACCAGGCUGUUUAUUUGAUUAAAAAACAGUAUUGUUAAACAUUAUUACAAUUUAAAAUAACAGUUUUCCAUUUUAAUAUAUUGUAAUAUAAUUAUUUCUGUGAUGGACAAACUGAUUUUUACUUGCUUUUAUUUACAUCAUUACACCAGUCCUCGGUGUCACAUGAUCCUUCAGAAAUCAUUCUAAUAUGCUGAUUUGCUGCUCAACAAUCAUUCAUUAUUAUCAAUGUU